AUGGAGACACGCAAUCUCACGGUGCUGAGAGAAUUCAUCCUGAUGGGCGUCACGGAUCGUCCUGAGCUGCAGGCGCCAUUGUUCACUCUGUUCCUCCUCAUCUACGUGGUCUCCGUGGUGGGCAACCUGGGCAUGAUCGUCCUCACCAUGGUGGACUCCAGGCUACAGACUCCGAUGUACUUUUUUCUCAGACACCUGGCUUUCACUGACCUUGGUUAUUCCACAACCGUGGGCCCCAAAAUGUUAGUGAAUUUCGUGGUGGAUCAAAAUAUAAUCUCCUAUAAUUUUUGCGCCAUACAACUAGCUUUCUUCCUUGUGUUCAUCAUUAGUGAACUCUUUAUCCUGUCGGCCAUGUCUUAUGACCGCUACGUGGCCAUCUGCAAACCACUGCUCUACACCAUCAUCAUGUCACAGAGCGUGUGUCAUAUGCUGGUGGCAAUCCCCUAUCUCUACUGCACAUUUGUGUCUCUUCUCGUCACCAUAAAGAUUUUCACUCUGUCCUUCUGUGGCUACAACGUUAUCAGUCAUUUCUACUGUGACAGCCUUCCCUUGUUAUCUUUACUCUGCUCAGAUACACAGGAAAUUGAAUUGAUCAUUCUAAUCUUAGCAGCCUUUGAUUUGAUCUCCUCUCUGCUGAUAGUCCUUGUGUCCUACCUGCUCAUUCUUGUAGCCAUCCUCAGGAUACAAUCUGCUGAGGGCAGACGCAAGGCUUUUUCUACCUGUGGGUCUCACUUGACAGUAGUCAUUGUCUUCUAUGGAACGUUGAUAUUUAUGUAUGUGCAGCCCAAGUCCACUCACUCAGUAGAUACGGAGAAAGUGGCUUCCUUGUUUUACACCUUGAUUAUCCCCAUGUUGAAUCCCUUGAUUUAUAGCCUGAGGAACAAAGAUGUCAAAAAUGCUUUACAGAGGAUUUGGAAUCGCUUACACAGUUUCAUUGGGUUCUGA